CAGUUUUAUCGGCAGAAAAGAUUGCGACAGAAAUGUCUUAUGCAAAAUAAAGCAAACAGGAAACGUGGGGUUUUUUUUUUGGUUCUCCUUUGCCUCUCCUACAAGCCAGCAAAGGUCUUUUCUCUAGCGCAGCAGACGGGGCUCUCUCCAAGGCGGGCUUUGAAGGGUCCUCUGGUUUUGGCUUGGCAGAAGAGAGGCGGAGAAACAGACCUUGGACACGGAAAGUGAUUGACCGAGCCUUUGACUAACCAGGAUCUGCUUCUGCAGCUGUUCUCCGGGGGUGAUGUCCUAUUGAGUGACCACCAUGUCGAUGUAUCUGAAGCACUUCACGGUGGUGGGAGAUGACACCACCCAGUGGAACAACGACUACAAGAAAUGGGAGGAGGAAGAGACAGAAGAGGAAGGAGAAGGGAAGGCACCAGAGGUUGCGGUUAAAGUCGAAUCAGUGCCCAGGCGUCCAACUUUCAGGGAUGUUAUGAAAAAGCUGUUCCAAUCCCACAAGUUCCAGAUCGUGGUGGUUUGCCUGGUGAUCUUGGACGCUGUGUUGGUGCUGGGAGAGCUGCUUCUAGAUCUGAAGAUCAUUCACCCUGACAAAGAUGAGAUCGCACCACGGGUCCUUCACUACCUGAGCCUUUCCAUCCUCUCUCUCUUCCUGGUGGAAGUCAGCUUCAAGCUGUUCGCCUACCGCCUGGAGUUCUUCCACCACAAGUUCGAAGUCUUGGACGCCCUGGUGGUCAUCGUCUCCUUCAUCCUGGACAUUGUGGUCCUCUUCCAGGAGCAUCAGUUUGAAGCGCUCGGCCUGCUGAUUCUUCUCAGGCUGUGGCGGGUGGCCAGGAUCAUCAAUGGAAUAAUUUUAUCCGUGAAGACCCGCACAGAGCAGCAGAUCUCCAAGUUGAAGCAAGCCAAUUUGCAGCUGAGUACCAAAGUCCAGCAGCUGGAAAGUAGCUGUGCGGAGAAGGAAAUAGAAAUUGAAAGGCUGAACAACCUCAUGAAGCAACAUGGGCUCCUCAACCAGUCCAAAUAAGACGCCUGACCUGGACCUACGGUGGCCAAAUCUCUUCCUUGGAUCCUGUUCUGGCCCUGAGAAGUUAGCUUAC